CGUGCUGAGUCGGAAGUGGGAACCCUUCGGCCCCUGAGACUCUUGUCGUGUCGUCGCUGCUGGCCCUUCAGGCUCUGGGUUGGAUUUCUAUGCUGUGGCCUUAAAAUUUCAGGAAGGGAAGAAAGCCUUUCAGGGUGCUCCGUUCAUCCCGUUGUGCCUCUGAGAGCCCUUGGUGCUUGAAUGAGGAAAUGUAAUCAGAAGAGUGCAAAUGCAGGCUCAGUCAGCUCCACUAAUACCUUUGAGCCCCUCCCCCUAGGUCUGGAUGGAGGAUACUUUAAAGUGAAAUGACAGACCAGGAGAAUAACAACAACAUCUCAAGUAACCCCUUUGCUGCUCUUUUUGGCUCCCUGGCUGAUGCCAAGCAGUUUGCAGCAAUCCAAAAAGAGCAGCUGAAGCAGCAAUCUGAUGAACUCCCAGCUAGCCCAGAUGACUCGGAUAAUAGUGUGUCAGAAAGCCUGGAUGAAUUUGAUUACUCUGUGGCUGAGAUUAGCCGCUCCUUCCGUUCACAGCAGGAAAUAUGUGAACAACUCAACAUCAAUCACAUGAUCCAAAGGAUCUUCCUCAUUACUCUGGACAACAGUGACCCCAGCUUGAAAAGUGGGAAUGGCAUCCCCAGCCGUUGUGUGUAUUUGGAAGAAAUGGCAGUAGACCUGGAAGAUCAAGACUGGCUUGAUAUGAACAAUGUUGAGCAGGCCGUCUUCGCUCGCUUGCUGCUUCAGGACCCGGGCAACCACUUGAUUAACAUGACUUCUUCUACAACGUUGAAUCUCUCUGCUGAUCGAGAUGCAGGGGAGAGGCACAUUUUUUGUUACCUUUAUUCCUGCUUCCAAAGAGCUAAGGAAGAGAUUACCAAAGUUCCAGAGAACCUGCUCCCCUUUGCGGUGCAGUGCAGGAACCUCACUGUGUCCAAUACCCGAACAGUACUCCUCACCCCAGAGAUCUACGUUGACCAGAACAUCCACGAGCAACUGGUAGAUUUGAUGUUGGAAGCCAUCCAAGGAGCCCAUUUUGAAGAUGUAACUGAGUUUCUGGAAGAGGUUAUUGAAGCCUUGAUAUUGGAUGAGGAAGUUCGCACAUUUCCAGAAGUCAUGAUUCCAGUGUUCGAUAUUUUAUUGGGCCGAAUAAAAGAUCUAGAACUCUGUCAGAUCCUGUUGUAUGCGUAUCUGGAUAUUCUCCUCUAUUUCACUAGGCAGAAGGAUAUGGCAAAGGUUUUUGUAGAGUACAUUCAGCCCAAGGACCCUAGCAAUGGGCAGAUGUACCAGAAGACCUUGCUGGGAGUAAUCCUGAAUAUCUCCUGCUUAUUAAAGACUCCAGGUGUAGUAGAAAAUCAUGGCUACUUCCUGAACCCAUCUCGUUCCAGUCCCCAGGAGAUCAAAGUGCAAGAGGCCAACAUCCAUCAGUUCAUGGCUCAGUUCCAUGAAAAGAUCUACCAGAUGCUGAAGAACUUACUCCAGCUCUCUCCAGAAACCAAACACUGUAUCUUGUCCUGGCUUGGAAACUGUUUGCAUGCAAACGCAGGCCGCACCAAGAUUUGGGCCAAUCAGAUGCCAGAAAUCUUCUUCCAAAUGUAUGCCUCGGAUGCCUUCUUUCUGAAUCUGGGUGCUGCUCUCCUGAAGCUAUGCCAGCCAUUUUGCAAACCCAGAUCCUCUCGGCUCCUCACCUUUAAUCCCACUUACUGUGCCCUGAAGGAGUUGAAUGAUGAAGAACGAAAAAUUAAAAAUGUGCACAUGAGAGGUUUGGACAAAGAGACUUGUUUGAUCCCAGCUGUGCAGGAGCCAAAGUUCCCCCAGAACUACAACCUUGUGACAGAGAACCUUGUCCUGACCGAGUACACCUUGUACUUGGGAUUUCACAGGUUGCAUGAUCAGAUGGUAAAAAUCAACCAAAAUCUGCAUCGGCUGCAGGUUGCCUGGCGGGAUGCUCAGCAGAGUUCUAGCCCUGCUGCUGACAGCCUUCGUGAGCAGUUUGAACGACUGAUGACCAUCUACCUUUCUACCAAGACUGCCAUGACGGAGCCCCAGAUGCUACAGAACUGUCUCAACUUGCAGGUGUCCAUGGCUGUUCUCCUCGUUCAGCUGGCCAUAGGCAAUGAGGGCUCCCAGCCAGUCGAGCUCACUUUCCCUUUGCCAGAUGGCUACAGCUCUUUGGCUUACGUGCCAGAAUUUUUUGCAGAUAACUUGGGUGAUUUCCUCAUUUUUCUCCGCCGUUUUGCUGAUGACAUCUUGGAGACGUCAGCAGACUCCCUAGAACAUGUUCUCCACUUUAUCACGAUUUUCACUGGAAGCAUAGAAAGGAUGAAGAAUCCCCACCUAAGGGCCAAACUGGCUGAGGUGUUGGAAGCAGUGAUGCCCCACCUGGACCAGACCCCAAAUCCCUUGGUAUCCAGUGUGUUCCAUCGGAAGCGUGUGUUCUGCAACUUUCCUUAUGCACCCCACCUUGCAGAAGCUCUAAUCAAGGUCUUUGUGGACAUUGAGUUUACAGGAGACCCCCAUCAAUUUGAACAGAAGUUUAAUUACCGACGCCCCAUGUAUCCUAUCCUGAGGUACAUGUGGGGAACAGAUACCUAUCGAGAGAGCAUUAAGGAUUUGGCUGACUAUGCCUCUAAGAAUUUAGAAGCCAUGAAUCCCCCGCUUUUCCUCCGCUUUCUUAACCUGCUAAUGAAUGAUGCCAUCUUCCUCCUGGAUGAAGCCAUACAGUAUUUGAGCAAGAUAAAGAUUCAACAGAUUGAGAAAGACCGAGGUGAAUGGGAUAGUCUGACUCCAGAAGCCCGCCGAGAGAAGGAGGCUGGCCUACAGAUGUUCGGACAGCUGGCACGUUUCCAUAACAUCAUGUCCAAUGAAACAAUUGGUACCCUUGCCUUUCUGACAUCAGAGAUCAAAUCACUCUUUGUGCAUCCUUUCCUGGCUGAGCGCAUCAUCUCCAUGUUGAACUACUUCCUGCAGCACCUGGUUGGCCCCAAGAUGGGGGCCUUAAAAGUCAAAGACUUCAGUGAAUUUGACUUCAAACCUCAGCAGCUCGUAUCAGAUAUCUGCACGAUCUACUUAAAUCUUGGGGACGAGGAGAACUUCUGUGCCACGGUGCCCAAGGAUGGACGUUCCUAUUCCCCAACUCUCUUUGCACAGACAGUCCGAGUCCUGAAGAAAAUCAAUAAGCCCGGGAAUAUGAUUGUGGCUUUCAGCAACUUAGCAGAGAGAAUCAAGUCCCUAGCAGACCUCCAACAACAGGAGGAGGAGACCUAUGCAGAUGCCUGUGAUGAGUUCCUGGAUCCCAUCAUGAGCACGCUCAUGUCUGACCCCGUGGUGCUGCCGUCCUCCAGAGUCACUGUGGAUAGAUCCACCAUUGCUAGGCAUUUGCUCAGUGACCAAACCGAUCCCUUUAACCGUAGUCCCCUCACCAUGGACCAGAUCCGGCCAAACACAGAACUAAAAGAAAAAAUCCAGCGGUGGCUCGCAGAGAGGAAACAACAACAAAAGGAGCAACUUGAAUAAAUACUGUGAACUAAACAAACCAAAAACAACCAACCCCAGAAUGUAGAUAAACAGUUGUUUGUGGCUUCUCUCAUUUUGGUUCUAUUCCUUCUUUUUCCUUCUUUUCUUUUUCUUCCUUUCUUUCUUCCUUUCUUUUUCUUUCUUUCCCUUCCUUUCCUUCCUUCCUUCUUUCCUUCCUUCCAACUAAAUUAGAGAACUGCUCUUGCUGAAAUUAUGACAAUUUACAUUUAUUCCUAAGAAUUUUACAAUGCUCUCCUGGCUUGCAGGAAAUUAUGCUUAUUAUAGCAGCACCAAGUUUAGAAAUGAUCACUCAUUUGUACCCUUUGUUCUCUCUUCCUACUCUUCAUCCUUUUCCUACCUUAAGUUACAUUAACUUCAGCUACUAAAAUUUCCUGCCACCUUACUUUUGCUCUGUCAAGAACUGCUCAAAUACCUUUGAUGAGCCCAGCUUUUAAGUAUAUGUCACAUAUUUCGGUGACAGCUGACACCAUCAGAAAGUCCUGUGUCAUCGAGGUAUUUACUCGUCUUCAUGACCCGGAUGUCAGCCCUUUUCUUGUUACAGUUCUGCUAUAUUACAGAAUAACCUUUCACACACAUGCAGAUACCUUGAUGUUUGAGUAGGCUUUUGAAUAGAAUAGAUGUGAUUUUCAAAAAGGAAUCUUACACAGUUUCUGUCGGUAAUUCUUAAUUUUGCAUUAACUCAUCCCUCAAAGAUCCAGUGGAGGACAAACACUCUCCCCUGGGGCUGUCAUCACCACAAAAAACUUAGCCCCAUAAUAUUUUUAGGAGGAUUGGUAGGACAAACAUGAAUUUUUGAUACCUUAUUUAGAAAAUUCUGAGGUGAAAGAAAAAAGGAGGCUGUUAGGCCCUCUUUAUCUUUUGGAAAUCUUGUUACAAGGAGUAGGCUUGAGUGGAAAAGUUAGGGAACAAAUAUUGUAACCAUGAAAGAUGUCAUUUUAAGACAUUAUUAUCAACCGUGUAUUUCAGUAUAUAUAGACACCAUGUGCAUUUUUAUAUUGGUCUAGUGUAAACUGAGUACCACUUUAUAUUGUCUUUUCCACGGUAAGAUGUAUGCAGUGGGUGGCCAUAUUUACUGACACACUUACUCUAGAUAAAAUUCUGAGACUAUAACAUGUAUAUAGUUCAUGUUUGUUUGGGCUUGUGACCUAACUUCCAAGAGCUGCUUCUAAUUCAGCCUUAGGUCAUCAAUUAGCAAAGUAGGAAUUUGAGCACAACCUUGUCCACAGCCGUUUUAAAUAUCCACAUAGCCCCAUGUAGUUAGUAGGCGGAUGGGCCCCACUUCUGCAAGUUGAGCUUACGCUUCCUACUCAGUUGCACAGCUUAACAUGCUAAGUGAGGCACAUUCUCCUAUGGACUAUGUCACUAUCUCUGUAAGCCUGAAGAUAUCAUAAGUGACAAGAGAAGUCAUUUGAUCUAGAAACAGGGGUCACUGUUUCAUUUUUAACCAUGGCCUCUUUCAAGUAAGAUGGUAGUUUUAGGAUAUUCCAACACGAGUUGCUAUAAGCAGUCCUCGAUGUGCUUUUGAUGGCAUCACUUGGAAAACCUCACAUCAGAGGGCAUCCCACACUAGGUAUAAAGUAGAUGUUGCCUACUGCUAUGCUUUUAAAUGGGAAAAAGAGUCUAGGACUCUUGGAAAUGGCAGAAUGUAAGAUAUUAAUUCAGUGUGCAACCUGGCCCUUUAAGGCUUGGGUUAACAGGAUUUGUUUAUUUUCUUAAAAUGAGCUUCAUUUCAUAUUUAUUAUCCUUUACUUCUCUGAGAAUGAACUGUGUAUAAAAUAAGCUUCUGUCUACUCGCAAUUAUCUUCCAAACCCAAUCUAAUGGGAUGUUUGCAUUUUUUAAGAAAGUGGGGAAAAGACCAGAGUUUUAUAGGAGAAAAUUGGAGGAAAAAUGGGCACAAAACCUCAGAAGGCAGCUGUUCCCAGCAGCUUUCUAGCUAACAACCUCUAUGCUGCCUCUUGUAUCUGUGUCUGUAUUCUACUUCUGUGGUCUUCAGAUUGUAAGCCUUUUCUGGCAAGCUUUUUUUUUUUUUUUUUUUUUGAGUUCUUUUCCUGAAACUUUUUAUGAAUGGCUAUGGCACCAUUAAUGCUGCUGAGUAUCUUUUUUUUUUUUUUUUUUUUUUUUUUUUUUUUUUUUUUUAGUAUCUUUAAACUCAUUACAAGGGCAAGUGUAUAGCUUAAGGCCAUUGUUGGUAAGGAAACCAAGUGUCCUCUGUGCCUUUCUUUCUUUGAAAUAAUUUAAGAACAUCCCAAAAAUGAGACUAAAAAAUUAAUCGUCUUGGUGUAUGCCAUGGUGUGUAUAUGCGCUUGGAAGCUUAAAAGAGAGGUUUUGUUAUCUGGAACUCAGAAACCGCUCUCAAUCUAUUAGAGCAGACUUUCUUAUAUACCUAGUUUUAUGUGUUGGCUUUGCUAGAGUAUGAUAGGAAAAUGAAGCCUCUUUAUCAGCUCUGGUAUUGCUUACCAAGAGGGUAAUAACUAAACUUGGAAAAUUAUUUAAGUAGGUUUUAUCAAGCAAUCUUGGUUUGUUGUGUUUUUUUUUUUAAUAUAGUUUGUAAUGGAUAUGUAAAAACAAAGAAACAUUAAAGGUUUUUUAAUGGUGCAGGUGAAGGUGCCAGUAUUUGGUAUCACAGUCUACAAAAGCUUCAUUACUUUAUUUGAUGCUGGUUGCUAAGCAGCCAUUGCCCAGAGCAUAAGUCUACUGGGUGCCUUUACAAGCCAGAGAGGCUGAUGCUGCACUGUUGAUGUCAUGUGAGGAAAUAAUGCACUUGCUCUAACUGCUACACAGGAAAACCUAGACAAAAAAAUAAAAUAAAAAAUAAAAUGACAAAAAGGUUGAUUGAAAUAAAAUUUGAUUAACAUAACUGUAUUUUGAAACAUUCCAGGAAAGUUACUUCUUGUCAGACUUGCCUGGGGGUUUGUUCAAAGCUUGUAUUUAAUAAAGGAACACCUGACUUACAA